AAGUUAUAUGUAAUUUUUGUGACAAUAGUAGCAAGGGUGGAAUAACCCGGCACAAACAACAUUUACUUGGUAUUGGAACAAAUUCUAAAGUUUGUAAAAGAUGUCCGGAAUCGGUUAAGGCGGAAAUAAGAGCUUAUAUGGAACAAAAGAAUGCGGUAAAAACUCAAAUGCAGUUCGAUACAUGUGUGGCUGAUCAUACGGAUGAUAGUGACGAUGAUAUGGAUGAAGUUGGUGAAAUGAGGCCUCCUCCCUCCAAAACUCAAAAAAGGAAAGGUCCUAUGAAUAUUUAUUAUCCACAGAAGCCAAAGGAAGGGGCAGGUGACAAUUCGAGUACAGAAAGAACCUAGAAGCUUUUAAGGGAUAGUGCUGUAGGUGCUUUUGCAAGAUGGGUCUACGAUGCAGGGCUCCCUUUUAAUUGUGUCAAUGCCAAAAGUUUUAAAAAAGUCAUUGACUAUAUAGGAGAAUAUGGCUCUAAUAUGAAGCCUCCAACCUAUCACAAAGUUAGAGUUACUUAUCUAAAAAAAGAGGUGGAGAAGGUGGACGACAUUGUUGAGGAACAUAAAGUGCAAUGGAGCAAGUUUGGAUGUUCUAUUAUGAUGGAUAAGUGGACCGCACGGAAUGGAAAAAUGGUCAUCAAUGUUUUGGUAAACUCUCCAAAAGGUAGUUUGUUUCUUGGAUCAUAUGAUGCUAGCCACUCUUCUACGGAUUCGACUAAAAUGUAUAACUUGUUUGAGAGGACUAUUGAGUCAAUUGGAAAGGAUAAUGUUAUACAAGUGGUUACCGAUAAUGCUAGUGAGAAUGAAAAAGCAAGUCACAUGAUGCAGGGCACAUUCCCACAUAUUUAUUGGACUCCAUGUGCUGCCCAUUGUAUCAAUUUGAUAUUUGGUGACAUUUUCAAGAUCAAUCCAUAUGCUUCAGUUUUUAGCAAGGCCACUAAAAUCUAUGCUUACAUCAGUCAAAGGCCAUUGCUAUUAAACUUGAUGAGGAAGUUUACAAAUGAAAGAAAUUUGGUGAGACCGGGCAAGAGUAGAUUUGCAACAGCUUUCUUGACUUUGCAUAUUUUUACAUGCAAAAGAAAAACUUAAGAAACUUAGUCACUUCAAAUGAAUGGAAACAGAGCAAACAUGCAAAGGAAAUUGCGGGGAAAGGGGUUGCGAGGAAUCUUAUUUCUCUAUCAUUUUGGAAUGAUGUUUGUAAGGCACUUAAAGUUGGUAGUUCUUUGAUUAUCGUACUUCGUUUGGUGGAUGGGGAGAAAAAACCACCAAUGGGCUAUCUUUAUGAAGCUAUGGAUCUUUGCAAAGAAUCUAUUGCAAAGGCAUUUGGGGGUGAUGAGAGGAAGUAUGACAAAGUUUUUAAGAUCAUUGAUAAAAGAUGGUCAGAUCAACUUCAUCGACCUUUGCAUGCGGCGGGACAUAUUCGAACCCGGAGUUAUAUUAUAAGAAUGCAGCUGCUGAAACUUUAGAUGGAGAAGUGUGGGACGACUACAUUUCAUGUCUUGAGAAGUUGGUCCCUGAUCCUAGAUUAAGAGAUAGAAUGUCGAUUGAGCUUGGUAAGUACAAACAAGCAGAUGGGACCUUUGGUAAGGAAUCUGCCAUUUGAGCUAGAGACUGUUUGUCACCAGGUAGAUUAGUUGUUUUAGUUGUCUUUAUAACUUAUUUGAUUUCUUUAUAGUUUAUACUUAAUGCCUUUUGAAAUAUUUUUUCUAUAGUCGAAAGGUGGUUGCAAUAUGGUAACCAUGUUCCAGUCUUGCAAAAGUUUGCUGUCAAAGUACUAAGCUUAACUUGUAGCGCAUCCGGAUGUGAAAGAAAUUGGAGCGACUAUGAACAUGUGAGGACAAGAUUUGUUCUAUUUUAUAUUACAUUAUCCUUAUUUUAUUAGUAUUCUUUAAUUACUCUCUACAACUUAUGCACAGAUUCACUCCAAGAAGAGGAAUAGACUUGAGCUAAAAUGUCUCAAUGAUCUAGUGUACAUUUAGGACAUAGAACAUUGAAGCGUCGUUAUAAAGCUCGCGACACCAUUGAUCCAAUUAGGUUGGAGAAUAUUGAGGAUGUAAAUGAAUGGGUAACUGGAGCACCCGAAGACCUUGCAGAGGAAAGUUAGAAGAUGGUGGUUUCACUUGGGCUAUUGUUGCUUCGGCAAGUGGAUGUGAGGAGAGUAUCUAUGGUCUUAGGGCGAGUUGUUCAAUGAACAAGGAUAAAAGGGUGGCUUCUUCAAGUCGAUCCCUAGUUGAUGAAGACUCUGAGGAAGAAGAAGAUGACAGCCACUAUAAUGCUAACACUCUUGUGGUUGAAGAAUUUGGAGAUCUUGAAGAAGAAUAGAUGUUUCUUCGUUAUAAUUUGGUUAAUGCUAACAGUGACCGGGACCUUAUGACUUAUUAACUAUCUAGUUGCCUAGUUGGAGACUUUUAGACUUUAUUAUCAACUAUCUUAUAUCUACUUUUAGUUUUUCAAUUGAAAUAUUUGCUAGUAUUUUGUUGAGUAUUUGAGUUUUUGGGUAUCUAUAUAUGCAUAUUUAAUAUUUUAAUUUUUUUUGGGUUAAUUCUCGCCUAGCCUCCAAAAGACGUUCGCCAAGCCACGCCAUGAGGCGUGAGGCGAGCCCUUGUCGCCACGCCUCGCUUUUCGCAAUCCUAAACACUGUACCAAAUUCAAGAUCAAGCUCAAAAGCCUUUGAAUUCAAGUACAAGUCAAAAUCAAAUUUAAGAUCAAGCUCAAAAGCCCUUGAAUUUAUAUUUAUAAAGAAGAAUCAGAGGAAUCAUAGAGAUUGUAACACUCAUAUUUGAAAUCAAAUAAUACGAUUGUUGCGAUAUUUUCCUGUCUUGAUUAUUAUUUUCUCGACGCGAAUUUUAUUGUCUACAAAUUCUGGCACGCCCAGUGGGACAAUCUCUACCUCCCAUCUCUUCCAUUAGAAGUUGAAGAACAUCAAAAUGACUCAAAUGAAGACCAACCCCAAAUCUGAUGCUAUUGCGACUGGUCAACCUAAAAGUGGAUUGGAAGUUGCCAUGGAGAUCAUUGGACAAAUCAAAAGGAGUAAAACCGGAAUGCGAGGACAACAAGUGCUUCAUGUACCGUCCAAGCGAACUCAUGUUUCUGGUUCAUCUUCUCCAAAAGGAAUGAUAUCCUCAUCAUGCAUGCUAGAAGAAGGGAAUACUAUUGCUGAGGUGCUUGAAAGAACUUUGGCUCAACUUAAUCUACUGCAAGAACGCCAUUGCAAGUCGAACAACCCCUUCCUGCAAGAAGAUGAUGACGCCCUAAACGAUGGAUAUGCUCCAACUUCCUAUCAAGUCACUCCCCAGUUCAAGCUCUAUUCGAGUAGUGAUCAAUAUCACUCUUCAUCCUCCAUGAUGGUCGUGCAGGCAAUGAUGAUUGACGCAUCCACUAUAGAAGAACAACUUGCAAGUUUGACUAAGGCAGUUGAAGGCUUG